AUGGCUAAACUGACAAUGCCCGUCUUCACCGCCGUCUUCUUGAUGGCCCUGUUGAUCACUGCAUCAUCUUCAGCGCAUCCAGGAGAAGUUUCAACGACAGAACGUGAUAGGGAUGCCUCCAAAGUGACAAAGGGUCACACUUCUCUUUACCAUCUUCGGAUGCAGAGUAACAGCAGGAUGAGGAUUCUGACGGAUUUUCUGGACUACGACUAUGGAGGAGCCAACUCCAGACACGAUCCACGCAGGAGGCCCGGGAACGGAGGACACUAG